GCGGCUCGAGCAGGAGCGUGGAGUAGACAAGGCGGCCGCAGCGAGGUAGUUGUUGUUGCCGGCUGGGACUGCGGCUGCGAUGGCCAAGAGCAAGGGCAAGGGCAAGGGCGAGAGCAAGGGCGAGAGCAAGGGCAAAGGCAAGCGCAAGCAAGCGCAUGGACCUGACCAUUGGGAUGCAAGCACGUCGUCGCCGUACUUGGUUCAUGCGGCUGUAGUGGGCAAGGGCGAAGGCAAGCGCAAGUCCAAGUCAAAGGGCAGGGGCAAGCGCAAGCUGAGCCUUGGCCUUGGGAGGAAGAAGGCAAAGCCACUGGUCAAACGCACGGCAGGUAGGCACAACAAGCUGACCGACGAUGAGCUGAUAGAGCAUGAUCGGCUGGAGCGGGUCUCGUCACGCGGCGAGCUGGAUAACCCACACAUGGUCUCGGACUCGUCGUGCUCGACCUCGCUCAUCUUCCCGCGCCUCGCCUCGUCCAGUACAAACUCGAGCUCGGGCUCGGGCUCGAGCUCGAGCUCGAACACCGGCUCGGGCUCGAGCUCAAGCUCGAGCUCCUCGGGCUCGUCGGCAUCUUCGACAAGCACGGGCGUCCAGCCGUCAUCGAUCUCGAUCUCGGUCGAACUCGAGACGACUGUCGGGUCGACGCUACAGCAGAUGCCGUCCGACUCAACGAUGAGCUCGACGACCUCGGCGCUGUCGCCGACAAUGUGAACAAGCCAUCGCUUUGUGGAGCUGAGCUCCAAGGUCACUACCUCUCUGUCCUAUGCCUGGCCGUCGUCAUGUAGCGAAGCACAUGAAGCUCCACCGCGAAUGCGCGAUAAAGUGAUUCUUUA